ACAGAUUGGGAGGCUGCUGAGAAAAUUAAUAGCAGAGUCAAAGUUCCAUACAAAAAACAAAGAUAGAUGGAUAGAUAGAUAGAUAAACACGCAAAACCAGAAGCUCUUCUUCCUCUCUCCUCUCUUCUCCAAAUGGACUCCGCAUUAUCCACUUCUACCACUCUCUUCGCCGUCUCCAAAGCCCUAAACCGCCGCCUCUCAACCUCCACCGCCAUUCAAUGCCUUCCGGCGAAGCUCCUUUCCCGCCGCCUCAGCUACAUUUGCGGCUUCUACGGUGGUCUUAAUGGCGGCGCCGCUCGCUUGGCUUCGUUCUCUUCUUCUUCGCCGUCACUGUCGUCAUCGUCUCUCAAAACCUUGUGUGCUGUUGAGGCUUCGUUACGGCGUCGUCUCCAGUGCGUUUCCAGCUCUUCUGCUGCUUCUUUUGCUUCUGGUGGUGGAAAUGGAGGGUUUGGUGGGGAGAGUGGCGGCGGAGAUGGUGGUGGUGGGGGCGGUAAGAGUGGAUCCGAUAGUGGUAGUGGUGAGUCGAAUUUGGUGGGUGGUGCUGGGGAUGAGGCUUCGGCUCGUUCCUCGGAGGUCAUAAUUCUUGAUGUUGGAGGAAUGACAUGCGGUGGAUGUGCAGCCAGUGUGAAGAGAAUUCUAGAAAGCCAACCACAAGUGUCAUCAGCUACAGUAAAUCUCACAACAGAAACUGCAAUCGUGUGGCCUUUGUCUGAAGCCAAGGUUGUACCAAACUGGCAUCAACAAUUAGGAGAAACACUUGCAAAACAUUUGACAAGUUGUGGAUUCAAGUCUAGCCUUCGAGAUUCAGGGGGAGAAAAUUUUCGUAAACUUUUCCAAAGGAAAAUGGAAGAAAAGCACAAUCGCCUUAAAGAAAGUGGUCGUGAGCUUGCUUUCUCUUGGGCUUUAUGUGCUGUCUGCCUGUUAGGUCACCUUUCUCAUUUUUUUGGAGCCAAGGCUGCAUGGCUCCAUGCAUUUCAUUCCACAGGAUUUCAUAUAUCCUUGUCUUUGUUUACAUUGCUUGGUCCUGGAAGGCAUCUUAUCCAUGAUGGUAUGAAGAGCCUUUUCAGAGGGACUCCAAAUAUGAAUACUUUGGUUGGUCUUGGGGCUUUGUCAUCGUUUACUGUUAGUUCAUUGGCUGCCUUUAUCCCUAAACUGGGUUGGAAGACCUUUUUUGAGGAACCAAUUAUGUUGAUAGCAUUCGUCUUGUUAGGGAGGAAUCUUGAGCAGAGAGCGAAAAUUAAAGCAACCAGUGAUAUGACAGGACUUCUCAGUAUUUUACCAUCAAAAGCUCGUCUUCUGUUGAAUAAUGAUGGAAAAGAAGUAGACUCAACAGUUGAAGUUCCAUGUAACAGUCUCCAAAUUGGCGACCAAAUUGUUGUACUACCUGGUGACCGUGUUCCAGUUGAUGGAAUUGUCAGAGCUGGCAGAAGCACCGUCGACGAGUCAAGUUUCACUGGGGAGCCAUUACCAGCGACUAAACUACCUGGGAGCCAAGUUGAAGCUGGAAGCAUAAAUCUUAAUGGGACACUUACUGUUGAAGUGCGGAGACCAGGUGGAGAGAGUGCAAUGGGAGACAUCAUUCGUUUGGUGGAGGAAGCACAAAGUAGGGAAGCUCCUGUACAGCGCCUGGCUGACAAGGUCUCUGGGCACUUCACUUAUGGAGUUAUGGCACUCUCUGCUGCUACGUUUUUGUUCUGGAGUUUAUUUGGUUCACGUAUUCUACCUGCUGCCUUGUGUCAAGGAAGUUCAGUUUCAUUGGCACUGCAGCUUUCUUGCAGUGUUCUGGUUGUUGCUUGUCCCUGUGCACUUGGCUUAGCCACACCUACGGCUAUGCUGGUGGGAACAUCACUGGGAGCAACAAGAGGACUGCUUUUGCGUGGUGGAAAUAUUUUGGAGAAGUUUUCGAUGGUGAACACUAUUGUGUUUGACAAAACAGGGACGUUGACAAUUGGUAGACCUGUUGUCACAAAGGUUGUGACCCCAAAAUAUUUGGGCGGAAACAAGACAAAUCUUAAUUGGUCAGAAGUUGACAUUUUAAAGUUAGCUGCUGGUGUAGAAGCAAAUACAGUUCAUCCAAUUGGGAAAGCUAUUGUGGAAGCUGCUCAGGCUAUUAGUUGUCAGAAUGUGAAGGUGGCAGAUGGAACAUUCAUGGAAGAACCUGGGUCUGGUGCUGUUGCAUCCAUUGAUGAAAGAAAGGUUUCUGUUGGGACCCUGGACUGGGUUCAAAGACAUGGAGUCGUUGAAAAUCCCUUUCAAGAAGUGGAGGAUCAUCAGAAUCAAUCUUUCGUCUAUGUUGGAGUUGAUAAUACUCUUGCUGGUCUUAUUUAUUUUGAGGAUCAAAUCAGGGAAGAUGCUGGCCAAGUAGUCAGAUCUUUGUCCAGGCAGGGAAUAAAUGUAUACAUGCUGUCGGGGGACAAAAGAAAUGCAGCUGAGUAUGUAGGAUCUGAAGUUGGUAUUCCAAAAGAGAAGGUUCUAUCUGGUGUUAAACCAGAGGAAAAGAAGAAGUUCAUAUGCAAACUUCAAGAGGAUCAAAAUAUUGUAGCUAUGGUUGGUGAUGGAAUCAAUGAUGCUGCUGCCUUAGCUUCAUCACACAUUGGAAUUGCCAUGGGUGCUGGUGUUGGAGCUGCUAGUGAGGUGUCUUCUGUUGUGUUAAUGGGGAACCGACUCUCACAGUUGCUUGAUGCGUUGGAGUUAAGCAGGCUAACCAUCAAGACAGUGAAGCAAAAUCUAUGGUGGGCUUUUGCAUACAAUAUAGUUGGAAUCCCAAUUGCAGCUGGAAUGUUGCUGCCGAUAACUGGGACCAUACUGACUCCAUCAAUUGCUGGAGCCCUCAUGGGCUUAAGUUCGAUUGGAGUAACCGCAAACUCAUUGUUUCUGAGAUUCAGAUUUGCAUCAAAGCAGAAGCAAAUAUAUGGAUCAUCUGUGGACGCACGAACUUACGUAAAAUCUGAUAUUGAGGACCAAAGAGAGAAAGUAGAGUAUCCGCAUUCUGAUGCUAGAUAAAGGGAGACACCAGGACGGAAAGAAAAAGGAAAAAUGAUGGAUUAUUUGUCUAGUACUGAUUGAGAAGAGCAGCUUGAGGAGUGGAAACUGCAAAAAGAUACUAACAUUAGAGAUUCUAACCUUUUCUAUUUUUUAAUUUUUUGAUAGAAUUUUUCAAAGAUGAGAAGAAAUCAGCAUUUGUUUCAUGAAAAUUAUACUCCACCACUUUAGAGAAAAAAUAUUUUACCAUUGUGAAUAUUUAACAUAGUUUACAAUUGCAUGAAAAAAUGUUAUAAGUUGAUGUAUUCAGUGAGAAAGAUUGUUUUCCUUACUUAA